AUGAAUACCACAGUUGCCACUAACAUGAUAUCUCACAGUGCACAAUACACUUGCAUUAAAUCCCUCUGUGUUGGUGGUCUCUGUGUAGAAGGCGGUGGCGAGCGGGUGCUGAUGGGGGACGAAAAGGACACCUGGAAAGUGAAAACACUCGACGAAAUUCUCCAAGAGAAGAAACGCAGACGGGAGCUGGAAGAGAGGACCGAGCCCAAACGCCAAAAAAAUGUAAACAGAAGAGAAAUACUGUGGUGCCCAAAACUGACCACUAGCCCCUAUACCCUAGUACAGUGUUAAACAACUCCAGUCCUCGAGUACCCCCCCAACAGCACACCUUUUUGUUGUAGCCCUGGACAAACUCACCUGAUUCAACUCAUUGAGGACUUGAUGAUUAGUUGACAAGUUGAAUCAGGUGUGCUUGUCUGGGGCUACAACAAAAAUGUGCACUGUAGGGGGUACUCGAGGACGGGAGUUGGGGAAACACUGCCCUAGUACCAACUAUACACAUGGGGAGAUCUGAGAAGAGAUUGGGAUAAGGAAUGUGGAAAUGGCUCAACCUUGCCCCCUGAUAAACUAGGUGAAAUGUUGGCCAUAUUGCUUAGACAUAUCCGAUCAGAUCUCCACCUGACUAUGGGCUAAGGCAGGACUGCCCAACCCUGUUCCUGGAGAGCUACUGUCCUGUAGGUUUUUGCUCCAACCCUAAUCUAGCACACCUGAUUCUAAUAAUUAGCUGGUUGAUAAGAUGAAUCAGGUUAGUAACACCUGGGGUUGGAGCGAAAACCUACAGGAGGGUAGCUCGCCAGGAAUAGGGUUGGGCAACCCUGGGCUAAGGGUUGAUUUAGGACACAUUGUUUCUCUCCCCCAUCAGAGGAUGCCGUUUCCCGCUUUGACUAAAUGUAUCGCACAUACUAGAGCUCUCCUUGUACUACUGUCUCAAACUUUAUCAUAAUCUUACCUUAUGUGCAAUCAAUCAUUGUUAUGUUUACCGUACCGUGUAUACUUUUUUUUAGAACGUUUAUUUUUUGGAGGGGGAUCUAAAAUGUCCCCGCUUUCCCAUGUUUUGUCUAGUGCGUUCCGUGCCCUGUUCCACAGACGGAUGAUCGGGAAGCCAAACGAAACACUCCGGAGGAAGGAGAACUACGGGAUAAAAAAAUGGAAAUAACAAUCCGGAAUUCCCCGUACAUACGGGAAGACUCCACAGAGGACAGGUAAAGGGGAAACGGAAAAAGAGCCGUGGGAAUUGGGGUCACGUUCAGGAGGGCCAGAUACUGGAGAAAACGUCUUUAAAAACUGAACUUAUCCCUUUGAAUACAUUUUCUCCCAUUUUUGUCCUAACUGAACGCGACCCUGCUAUGCACAGGGGCAGCCUGUUUGUUGAGUCGUUGGCACUAGACAGUCUUCCCAAUUCCAGGGGAGAAGAGGAUGAAUCGCUGGCAAUAAAGCCUCCCCAGCAAAUGGCCAGGAAAGACAGAUCUCACCAAAGAAAGGAGGAGAAGAGAAAGGACAAGAGACGCCGUCGCAGUCACUCUGCUGAAGGAGGUACAUUGCCAUCCUGGGAUGUGUAUUGCUCAUAGAGAAUUAUAAAUGCCUCUAAUGGCUAAAAGGCCAUUUUAGCAUGGUCAGUGCCAUUGAGGGCUUCCACCAUGCUUCAGCCAUUUUAAAGUAGUCGAUGUAGUCAACUGGGUGGGGAUUCCUAUGGGUUGUAGCCUCAAUGGCGCUGCCCAUGCUGUGGGGCUGUCCCCAGCAAAAAAAAAUCUUGGUCGACCGAGAGUAGUCUUUUCUUUCUACCAAUCGAUUGGUCUAAAUUUUUAGCCAUGUUGUUUUCCAUAUAUAGAUACAUCCCAUGUGUUUUGAUAAAAUCAACUAUACAGUGCAUUCGGAAAGUAUUCAGACCCCUUCACUUUUUCCACAUUUUGUUACAUUACAGCCUUAUUCUAAAAUGUCCCUCAUCAAUCUACCCACAAUACCCCAUAAUGACAAAGCCAAAACAGGUUUUUAGAAAUGUUUGCAAAUGUAUUAAAAACAGAAAUACCGUAUUUAGAUAAGUAUUCAGAGCCGAUGGUCACUCUGACAGAGCUUCUGAGUUCCUCUGUGGAGAUGGGAGAACCUUACAGAAGGACAACCAUCUCUGCAGCACUCCACCAAUCAGGCCUUUAUGGUAGAGUGGCCAGACGGAAGCCACUCCUCAGUAAAAGGCACAUGCAGCCCGCUUGGAGUUUUCCAAAAGGCACCUAAAGGACUCUCAGACCAUUCUGCAAGAUUCUGUGGUCUGAUGAAACCAAGAUUGAACUCUUUGGCCUGAAUGCCAAGCGUCACGUCUGGAGGAAACCUGGCCCCAUCCCUACGUUGAAGCGUGGUGGCAGCAUCAUGCUGUGGGGAUGUUUUUCAGCAGCAGGGACUGGGAGACUAGUCAGGAUCGAGGAAAAGAUGAACAGAGCAAACUACAGAGAGAUCCUUGAUGAAAACCUUCUCCAGAGCGUUCAGGACCUCAUCCUGGGGCGACGGUUCACCUUCCAACAGGACAACGACCCUAAGCUGCCAAAGGUGCUUCAACAAAGUACUGAGUAAAGAAUAUGAAUACUUAUGUAAAUGGAAGCUUAAUUAAAUAGUACCCGCAAAACACCAGUCUCAACGUCAACAGUGAAGAGGUGACUCCGGGAUGCUGAUCUAGGCAGAGUUGCAAAGAAAAAGUCCAGUGUCUGUGUUCUUUUUCCCAUCUUAAUCUUUUAUUUUUAUUGGCCAGUCUGAUAUGGCUUUUUCUUUGCAACUCUGCCUAGGUCAGCAUCCCGGAGUCGCCUCUUCACUGUUGACGUUGAGACUGGUAUUUUGCGGAUACUAUUUAAUGAGGCUGCCAGUUGAGGACCUGUGAGGCGUCUGUUUCUCAAACUAGACCCUCUAAUGUAUUUGUCCUCUUGCUCAGUUGUGCACCGGGGCCUCCCACUCCUCUUUCUAUUCUGGUUAGAGCCAGUUUGCGCUGUUCUAUGAAGGGAGUAGUACACAGCGUUGUACGAGAUCUUCAGUUUCUUGGCAAUUUCUCGCAUGGAAUAGCCUUCAAUUCUCAGAACAAGAAUAGACUGACGAGUUUCAGAAGAAAAUUAUUUGUUUCUGGACAUUUUGAUCCUGUAAUCGAACCCACAAUUGCUGAUGCUCCAGAUACUCAACUAGUCUCAAGAAGGCCAGUUUUAUUGCUUCUUUAAUCAGUACAACAGUUUUCAGCUGUGCUAACAUAAUUGCAAAAGGUUUUUCUAAUGAUCUGUUAGCCUUUUAAAAUGAUAAACUUGGAUUAGCAAACACAACGUGCCAUUGGAACACGGAACUGAUGGUUGCUGAUAAUGGGCCUCUGUACGCCUAUGUAGAUAUUCCAUUAAAAGUCAGACGUUGCCAGCUACAAUAGCCAUUUACAACAAUAACAAUGUCUACACUGUAUUUCUGAUCAAUUUGAUGUUAUUUUAAUGGACAAAAAAAAUGCUUUUUUUUUUCAAAAACAAGGACAUUUCUAAGUGACCCCAAACUUUUGAACGCUAGUGUACAUUUUUUCCCUCAUCAAUCUACACACAAUACCUCAUAAUAACAAAGUGAAAACAGGUUUUUAGAAAUGUUUGCAAAUGUAUUAAAGAUUUUAAAAAACUCAUCACAUUUACAUAAGUAUUCAGACCCUUUACUCAGUACUUUGUUGAAGCACCUUUGGCAGCGAUUACAGCCUCGUGUCUUCUUGGGACAUGUCUCAUCCCUACGGUGAAGCAUGGUGGUGGCAGCGUCAUGCUGUUGGGAUGUUUUUCAGGGACUGGGAGACUAGUCAGGAUCGAGGGAAAGAUGAACAGCAAAGUACAGAGAGAUCCUUGAUGAAAACCUGCUCCAAAGCGCUCAGGCGAAGGUUCACCUUCCAACAGAACAGCGACCCUAAGCACACAGCCAAGACAACUCAGGAGUGGCUUCGGGACAUGUCUCUGAAUGUCCUUGAGUGGCCCAGCCAGAGCCUGGACUUGAACCCGAUCUAACAUCUCUGGAGAGACCUGAAAAUAGCUGUGCAGCGCCGCUCCCCAUCCAACCUGACACAGCUUGAGAGGAUCUGCAGAGAAGAAUGGGAGAAACUCCUCAAAUACAGGUGUGCCAAGCUUGUAGCGUCAUGCACAAGAAGACUUGAGGCUGUAAUCACUGUCAAAGGUGCUUCAACAAAAGUACUGAGUAAAGGGUCUGAAUACUUAUGUAAAUAUGAUGAGUUUUUUAAAAUCUUAAACACAUUUGCAAAAAUGUCUAAACUGUUUUUGCUUUGUCAUUAUGGCGUAUUGUGUGUAGAUGGAUGAGGGGAAAAAAAACAAUUUUUAUCAAUUUUAGAAUAAGGCUGUAACAUAACAAAAUGUGGAAAAAGUCAAAGGGUCUGAAUACUUUCCGAAUGCACUGUAUGUAAAAAUAGCUUACAUAAAGCCAGCAAAUAAAAACAUUGCAGCCUGCAGGUAGAAAGUAUCCUAAUACUAAUACUGCAACAAACUUAAAACAUUGUAUCAACUAUCAACCGAAGCUAGCACUACCAAACUUGCAACAUUCUAUAAAAUAUUCUGGGCCCUCAGAGUUUCAUGCGCCAGUGAGCUCGGGACAGACACAGCUGUAGGUUAUAUGUGCAAGUGAUGAGAAGUAAUCAGGUAUUUCAUGUUUCCAUUGGAUCAGAUCAUUACAUGUUUCCCUUUCAUGCCGAGUGGUUAUUGAAAGGGAGAGCGCUAUUGUCAUUCUCAAUGGAUUCUAAAAACAGACAUUGUUUACUUGCUGUUUGAGGUGAAGUAAAAAUUAUACUGAACAAAAAUAUGAACACAACAUGCAACAAUUUCAAAGAUUUUACUGUGUUACAGUUAAUAUGAGGAAAUCAGUCAAUUUAAAUAAAUACAUUAGGCCCUAGUCUAUGGAUUUCAAAUGACUGGGAAUACAGAUAUGCAUCUGUUGGUCACAUACACUAUAUAUACAAAAGUAUGUGGACACUCCUUCAAAUGAGUGGAUUUGGCUAUUUCAGCCACACCUAUUGCACACAGCCAUGCAAUCUCCAUAGACAAACAUUUGCAGUAGAAUGGCCUUACUGAAGCCACCUUUCCAACAAGUCAGUUCGUGAAAUGUCUGCCCUGCUGGAGCUGCCCCGGUCAACUGUAAGUGCUGUUAUUGUGAACUGGAAUCAUCUAGGAGCAACAACAGCACAGCCGCGAAGUGGUAGGCCACACAAGCUCACAGAACGGUACCACCGAGUGCUGAAGCGCGUAGCGCGUAAAAAUGGUCUGUCCUCGGUUGCAACACUCACUAUCGAGUUCCAAACUGACUCUGGAAGCAACGUCAGCACAAAAACUGUUAGUCGGGAGCUUCAUGAAAUGGGUUUCCAUGGCCGAGCAACCGCACUCAAGCCUAAGAUCACCGUGCGCAAUACCAAGCGUCGGCUGGAGUGGUGUAAGGCUCGCCACAUUGGACUCUGGAGCAGUGGAAAAGUGUUCUCUGGAGUGAUGAAUCACGCUUCACCAUCUGGAAGUCCGACAGACGAGUCUGGGUUUGGCGGAUGCCAGGAGAACGCUACCUGCCCCAAUGCAUAGUGCCAACUGUAAAGUUUGGUGGAGGAGGAAUAAUGGUCUGGGGCUGUUUUUCAUGUUUCGGGCUAGGCCCCUUAGUUCCAGUGAAGGGAAAUCUUAAUGCAAUGACAUUCUAGACGAUUCUGUGCUUCCAACAGUUUGGGGAAGGCCCUUUCCUGUUUCAGCAUAAUGCCCCCGGCCACAAAGCGAGGUCCAUACAGAAAAUGUUCGUCGAGAUCGGAGUGGAAGAACUUGACUGGCCUGCACAGAGCCCGUACAUCAACCCCAUCGAACACCUUUGAGAUGAAUUGGAAUGCCGACUCCGAGCCAGGCCUAAUCGCCCAACAUCAGUGCCCAACUUCACUAAUGCUCUUGUGGCUGAAUGGAAGCAAGUCCCCCGCAGCAAUGUUCCAACAUCUAGUGGAAGCUUUCCCAGAAGAGUGUAGACUGUUAUCGCUGCAAAGGGGGGGACCAACUCCAUAUUAAUGCCCGUGAUUUUGAAAUGAGAUGUUCGAAAAGCAGGUGUCCAUAUACUUUUGGUCAUGUAGUGUAACUUUAAAGAAAUGUAGGGCCGUGGAUCAGAAAACCAGUCAGUUUCUGGUGUGACCUCCAUUUGCCUCAUGCAGCGUGGCACAUCUCCUUCGCAUAGAGUUGAUCAGGCUGUUGAUUGUGGCCUGUGGAAUGUUGUCCCACUCCUCUCCAAUGGCUUUGUGAAGUUGCUGGAUAGUGGUGGGAACUGGAACACGCUGUCUUGUACGUUGAUCCAGAAUAUCCGAAACGUGCUCAAUGGUUGACAUGUCUGGUGAGUAUAUGCAGGCCAUGGAAGAACUGGGAAAUGUUCAGCUUCCAGGAAUUUGUACAGAUCCUUGCGACAUGGGGUUGUGUACUAUCAUGCUGAAACUAGGUGAUUGCGGCAGAUAAAUGGCACGACAAUGGGCCUCAAGAUCUCGCCAUGGUAUCUCUGUGCAUUAAAAAUCCCAUCGAUUUAAAAUUAAUUGUGUUCGUUGUCCGUAGUUUAUGCCUGCCCAUACCAUUACCCCACCACUACCAUGGGGCACGCUGUUCACAACAUUGACAUCAGAAAACCACUCGCCCACACAAUACACGUGGUCUGCGGUUGUGAGGCCGGUUGAACGUACUGCAAAAUUCUCUAAAACAACAUCGGACGCGGCUUAUGGGAGAGAAAUUAACAUUACAUUCUCUGGCAACAGGUCUGGUGGACAUUCCUGCAGUCAGCAUGCCAAUUGCACGCUCCCUCAAAACAUGAGACAUCUGUGGCAUUGUGUUGUAACAAAACUGCACUUUUUAUAGUGGUCUUUUAUUGGCCCCAGCACAAGGUGCACCUGUGUAAUGAUCAUGCUGUUUAAUCAGCUUCUUGAUAUGCCACACUUGUCAGGUGGAUGAAUUAUCUUGGCAAAGGAGAAAUGCUCACUUCCCGUUUACCUCCUACGCAACCAGUAAACAUUCCCCUGUUUCAAGUUGUCACGUCCACUGCAUCCAUUUUGCUGUCAUGUGUUACGGUGUUCAUAGUUUCUUUUAUAACCAAUUUAUUGAUGUGAUUAUGAGAUGCUAUAUGUUAGGCCCUAUUGGUCACGUGCAUAUGAAGCAUACAUGUGUCACGUAAAGACAGCAAAGGUUGAGGGAAUAGGGAAUGUUUUUCUUAAACAAAUUAGGGAUUUCGGUAACAGAACUUUUCAGUCAGAAAUGGCUGUAAUUAUGUUGCAGCUUCAGCAACAUGGACAGCACUAUAAACACUUAUGUUCUGUGGUAGUCGCUGCAGCAGGGAGGAGAGAGAGAGACAACGGGUGCUAGUCACACAGUCACUCGCUCUCUUUUCUUUUUAACAAAGCACAGCAAGUCUGAGCCAGGCGGCACAAUCAAAUCAAUUGCGGUCGGACUCCCUCUAGUCAUUUGUGUGUCUUAAUUAUUUAAUCAAACAGUUCGCUUAAAGCAUCAGACAAGCUCAGUGCAUAUAGAUGAUUUGAUUAAUACACAUAGGAUGUCUCUAUACAGUGCAUUCGGAAAGUAUUCAGACCCCUUGACUUUUUCCACAUUUUGUUAUUUUACAGCCUUAUUCUAAAAUGCAUUAAAUAUAUUUUUCCCCUCAUCAAUCUACACACAAUACCCCAUAAUGACAAAGCAAAAACAGGUUUUUAGAAAUGUUUACCCAUUUAUUACAAAUAAAAAACAGAUAUUACAUUGAAGUAUUCAGACCCUUUACUCAGUACUUUGUUUGGCAGCGAUUACAGCCUCGAGUCUUCUUGGGUAUGAUGCUACAAGCUUGCAUACCUGUAUUUGGGGAGUUUAUCUCAUUCUUCUCUGCAGAUCCUCUUAAGCACUCUGUCAGGUUGGAUGGGGAGCGUCGCUGCACAGCUAUUUUCAGGUCUCUCCAGAGAUGUUUGAUCAGGUUCAAGUCCGGGCUCUGGCUGGGCCACUCAAGGACAUUGAGACUUGUCUCGAAGCCACUCCUGUGUUGGCUUUGCUGGGUGCUUAGGGUCGUUGUCCUGUUGGAAGGUGAAAAUUUGCCCCCAGUCUGAGGUCCUAGGUGCUCUGGAGCAGGUUUUCAUCAAGGAUCUCUCUGUACUUUGCUCCGUUCAUCUUUGCUUCGAUUCUGACUAGUCUCCCAGUCGCUGCCGCUGAAAACAUCCCCACAGCAUGAUGCUGCCAGCACCAUGCUUCACCGUAGGAAUGGUGCCAGGUUUCUUCCAGACGUGACGCUUGGCAUUCAGUCCAAAGAGUUCAAUCUUGGUUUCAUCAGACCAGAGAAUCUUGUUUCUUAUGGUCUGAGAGUCCUUUAGGUGCCUUUUGGCAAACUCCAAGCGGGUUGUCAUGUGCCAUUUACUGAGGAGUGGCUUCCGUCUGGCCACUCUACCGUAUAGACCUGAUUGAUGGAGGGCUGCAGAGAUGGUUGUCCUUCUGGAAGGUUCUCCCAUCUCCACAGAGGAACUCUGGAGCUCUGUCAGAGUGACAGUCUGGUUCUUGGUCACCUCCCUGACCAAGGCCCUUCUCCCCCGAUUGCUCAGUUUGGCAGGGCGGUCAGCUCUAGGAAGAGUCUUGGUGGUUCCAAAGUUCUUUGAUUUAAGAAUGAUGUAGGCCACUGUGUUCUUGGGGACCUUCAAUGCUGCAGAAAUGUUUUUGUACCCUUCCCCAGAAUUGUGCCUCGACACAAUCCUGUCUUGGAGCGCUACGGACAAUUCCUUCAACCUCAUGGCUUGAUUGUUGCUCUGACAUGCACUCUCAACUGUGGGACCUUAUAUAGAUAGGUGUGUUUCUUUCCAAAUCAUGUCCAAUCAGUUGAAUUUACCACAGGUGGACUCUAAUCAAGUUGUUGAAACAUGUCAAGGAUGAUCAAUGGAAACAGGAUGCAUCUGAGCUCAAUUUCGAGUCUCAUAGCAAACGGUCUGAAUACUUAUGUAAGUAAGUUUCUUUUUUUUUAUGAUACAUUUGCAAAGAUUUAUUAAAUCCUGUUUCCGCUUUGUCAUUAUGGGGUGUUGUGUGUAGAUUGAUGAGGAAAAACAUUUAUUUAAUCCAUUUUAGAAUAAGGCUGUAACGUAACAAAAUGUGGAAAAAGUCAAGGUGUCUGAAUACCUUCCGAAUGCACUGUAUAUGGAAAAAUAAAAGCUUAAAAAUAACAGACGUCUGUCUCUUUGUCGACUAAGAUUUUUUUUUGUCGGGUUCAGCCCUGCUAACAGAGAUGUAAAGAUUUGUGCACAACAUUGUGAAUAUAGAACAUUUCUGGGAUCUUUUAUUUCAGCUCAUGAAACUGUUGCAAGAUCAUUUUAUGUUAGUUUCUCAACCAUAAGCCGACACCUUCAAUGUCAUUUUAGAGAAUUUGGCAGUACGUCCAACCGGCCUCACAACCGCUGACCAUGUGUAUGGCGUUGUGUGGGCGAGCGGUUUGCUGAUGUCAAUGUUGCGAACAGAGUGCCCCAUGGUAGCGGUGGCCUUAUGGUAUGGGCAGGCAACAAACACAAUGGCAUUUUGUCGAUGGUAAUUUGAAUGCACAAAAAUGCCGUGACAAGAUCAUGAGGACCUUUUUUUUUUUAAAGGUAUCUGUGACCAACAGAUGCAUAUCUUUAUUUCUAGUCAUGUGAAAUCCAUACAUUAGGGCCUAAUGAAUUUAUUUCAAUAUACUGAUUUCCCUCAUAUGAACUGUAACUCAGUAAAAUCAAUGAAAUUGUUGCUUGUUACGUUUAUAUUUUUGUUCAGUAUGGAUUAGAAAUAAUGUAAAUUAACGGUAAAUGUAGGCUACUACUGGUGAUAUAUGUAAUGGGGAAUUAAUAGAAACUAACAAUCAAAGGGCAAACAAUUCACACAAUGAAAUUAUGAAACAAUGAAUCUGCACAAAAUGGCUGGAGAGAGCUCAUUCCGGAGAAAGACAUGUCUUGUGCAUUUUAGCCACACUCCCCUUCUUCUUGGAUGGUGGCAUCUCCGCGGCCUUCUCACUGGGUUAGUCCACAGAAGACAGGUGAGAAUCAGACAGGUGUCUCGUGCUCUACUAAAAUAAAUAUUGGUCGACCAACAGCCUAUCGACCAGUCGACCAAAUGGGGUCAGCCCUGCCAUGCUGUCACAGACGCUAUAAUGGCAAAGCUAUAAGGAUGAGUCUAUCCUCUAGUCUCUAUCUCUACGGUAUUGCUGUAGAAAGCUGCAUAGGGACUGGUUUUAGUGUGUGUGUGUGGUAUUAAACUAUAUGUAGCACCUAGUUGCACUGUUUUACAUUUGUUUGUUUUUAUCACAGUAGCAGCAGCAGGGAAACACGUGCGGCCCAAAGACAAGGACAGGGAGAGCGAGCGCAGGAAGCGGCAGUGGGAGGAGCAGGACAAGGCCCGGCGAGACUGGGAGAGGCAGAAACGCAGGGAGCAGGCCAGAGCCCAAUCCCGCAGAGAGAGGUGACUACUGUGACCACAUACACACGUGUGUAUUACAUGCUGACCAAACCGUCCAUGUUGUGUGCGCGAGCAUUGCAAAAUAUAUUUAUACGUGCACGUUAGUCAAUCAUUUCAUCCAAACUGCUUAUGUUUGUCAACGGGUAUCUGCGUAGCCAGGCACUUAAAUAUAAAUUGGUUGACACGUGACACGCUGCAAGUCUCACCUCUCCCAUCUUCUCAUUGGUUUUUACGAGCAUAUACCCACGUGUGUGAUUGAAAGAUGAAUGAGGUCCACAAUCCACUGGUGGUGGUAAUGCAACUUUGUUGGUUGCCAACCGCCAUAUAAAAUCCACAGAAGAAGAAAUAUGAACGAGGAGAGGUUAAUAAUGAAAAAACUAACUAGGUUUCCCCUUUUUUUUAAUCUGUGGAUUAAUUGUCGGAGUGGAGAACAUACAAAGAUCCAGCUAAAGAAAGGACCAGGUAAAAUAACAACCCGAUGUUUGUUUAUUUCCCAGGACAAAUUAGCUACCAACAGCAAGCUAGCAAAAUGUCCAUGAAUGUUUCAUUUGUGUUUCGACCUGUCCCCAAAUUAAUAUAGUUGGUUCACAGUUGGUUUUGGUAUUUUAACCUGCAUGUCAAGAACGUGUCUAAUGGGGAUAGAAAAAAUCAACAUGCACACGUAGACGCACGCACGGAGACGGUUUGGUCAGCAUGUUAGCGUGGCUUGUAUUAGCAUAUAUAUAUAUAUAUACACGGUACCAGUAAAAAGUUUGGACACCUACUCAUUCCUGGGUUUUUCUUUAUUUGUACUAUUUUCUACAUUGUAGAAUAAUAGUGAAGACAUCAAAACAAUGAAAUAACACAUAUGGAAUAAUGUAGUAGCCAAAAAAGUGUUAUACAAAUCUAAACAUGUUUUAUAUUUGACAUUCUUCGAAGUAGCCACCCUUUGCCUUGAUGACAGCUUUGCACACUCUUGGCAUUCUCUCAACCAGCUUCAUGAGGUAGUCACCUGGAAUGCAUUUCAAUUAACAGGUGUGCCUUGUUAAAAGUUAAUUUGUUUAAUUUCUUUCCUCCUUAAUGCGUUUGAGCCAAUCAGUUGUUGUGGCAAGGUAGGGGUGGUAUACAGAAGAUAGCCCUAUUUGGUAAAAGACCAAGUCCAUAUUAUGGCAAGAACAGCUCAAAUAAGCAAUGAGAAACGACAGUCCAUCAUUACUUUAAGACAUGAAGGUCAGUCAAUAUGGAAAAUGUCAAAAAUGUAUUCAAGUGCAGUCGCAAAACCAUCAAGCGCUAUGAUGAAACUGGCUCUCAUGAGGACUGCCACAGGAAAGGAAGACCCAGAGUUACCUCUGCUGCAGAGGAUAAGUUCAUUAGAGUUACCAGCCUCAGAAAUUGCAGCCCAAACAAAUGCUUCACAGAGUUCAAGUAAUAGACACAUCUCAACAUCAACUGUUCAGAGGAGUGCGUGAAUCAGGCCUUCAUGGCCGAAUUGCUGCAAAGGAACCACUACUAAAGGACACAAUAAGAAGAAGAGACUUACUUGGGCCAAAAAAACGAGCAAUGGACAUUUGGUCUGAUGAGUCCAAAUUUGAGAUUUUUGGUUCCAACCGCUGUGUCUUUGUGAGACGCAGAGUAGGUGAACGGAUGAUCUCCACAUGUGUGGUUCCCACCGUGAGGCAUGGAGGAGGACGUGAGAUGGUGUGGGGGUGCUUUGCUGGUGACAUUGUCAGUGAUUUAUUUAGAAUUCAAGGCACACUUAACCAGCGUGGCUACCACAGCAUUCUGCAGCGAUACGUCAUCCUAUCUGGUUUGCGCUUAGUGGGACUAUCAUUUGUUUUUCAACAAGACAAUGACCCAACACACUUCCAGGCUGUGUAAGGGCUAUUUUACCAAUAACGAGAGUGAUGGAGUGCUGCAUCAGAUGACCUGGCCUCCACAAUCACCCGACCUCAACCCAAUUGAGAUGGUUUGGGAUGAGUUGGACCGCAGAGUGAAGGAAAAGCAUCUAACAAGUGCUCAGCAUAUGUGGGAACUCAUCUGCCUCACCUAAAGGCCAUUCUGGUGGGUAGCUGCUAUAGACCACCAAGUGCUAACAGUCAGUAUCUGGAUAAUGUGUGAAAUGCUUGAUAAUGUAUGUGAUAUCAAUAGAGAUAUACUUUCUGGGUGAUUUAAAUAUUGACUGGCUUUCAUCAGGAUGCCCACUCAAGAGAAAGCUUCAAACUGUAACCAGUGCCUGCAACCUUGUUCAGGUUAUCAGUCAACCUACUAGAGUAGUUACAAACAGUACAGGAAUUAAAUCAUCAAUAUGUAUUGAUCAUAUCUUUACUAAUGCUGCAGAGAUUUGUUUGAAAGCAUAUCCAAAUCCGUUGGAUGUAGCGAUCACAAUAUAGUAGCCAUAUCUAGGAAAACCAAAGUUCCAAAGGCUGGGCCUAAUAUUGUGUAUGAGGUCAUACAAUACGUUUUGUAGUGAUACCUAUGUUGUUGAUGUAAAGAAUAUAUGUUGGUCCGUGGUGUGUAAUGAGGAGCAAACAGACACUGCACUUGACACAUUUAUGAAAUUGCUUAUACCAGUUACUAAUAAGCAUGCCCCCAUUUAAGAACAUGACUGUAAAAACUGUUAAAUCCCCGUGGAUUGAUGAGGAAUUGAAAAAUUGUAUGGUUGAGAGGGAUGAGGCAAAAGGAAAGGCAAAUAAGUCUGGCUGCACAACCGAUUGGCAAACGUAUUGCAAAUUGAGAAAUCAUGUGACUAAACCAAAUAAAAAGAAGAAGAAACUACACUACGAAACAAAGAUAAAUGACAUUAAGAAUGAUGGUAAAAAGCUUUGAAGCACUUUAAAUGAAAUUCUGGGAAAAGGGCAAACUCAGCUCCAUCAUUCAUUGAAUCAGAUGGCUCAUUCAUCACAAAACCAACUGAUAUUGCCAACUACUUUAAUGAUUUUUUCAUUGGCAAGAUUAGCAAACUUAGGCAUGACAUGCCAGCAACAAUUGCUGACACUACACAUCCAAGAAUAUCUGACCAAAUUAUGAAAGACAAACGUUGUAAUUUUGAAUUCUGAGUGUGGAAGAGGUGAAAAAAUUAUUGUCUAUCAACAAUGACAAGCCUCCGGGGGUCUGACAACUUGGAUGGAAAAUUACUGAGGAUAAUAGCGGACGAUAUUGCCACUCCUAUUUGCCAUAUUUUCAAUUUAAGCCUACUAGAAUGUGUGUGCCCCCAGGCUUGGAGGGAAGCAAAAGUAAUUCCGCUACCUAAGAAUAGUAAAGCCCCCUUUACUGGCUCAAAUAGCCAACCAAUUAGCCUGUUACCAACCCUUAGUAAAGUAUUGGAAAAAAUUGUUUUUGACCAGAUACAAUGCUAUUUUACAGUAAACAAAUUGAUGACAAACUUUCAGCAUGCUUAUAGAGAAGGACAUUCAACAAGCACAGCACUUACGCAAAUUACUGAUGAUUGGCUGAGAGAAAUUGAUGAUUCAAUUAUUGUGGGGGCUGUUUUGUUAGACUUCAGUGUGGCUUUUGACAUUAUUGAUCAUAGUCUGCUGCUGAAAAAACGUGUGUUAUGGCUUUACUCCACCUGCUAUAUUGUGGAGACAGUUACCUGUCCAACAGAACACAGAGGGUGUUCUUUAAUGGAAGCCUCUCCAACAUAAUCCAGGUAGAAUCAGGAAUUUCCCAGGGCAGCUGUCUAGGCCCAUUACUUUUUUCAAUCUUUACUAAUGACAUGCCACUGGCUUUGAUUAAAGCCAGAGUGUCUAUGUAUGCGGAUGACUCAACACUAUAUGUCAGCUACUACAGCAACUGAAAUGACUGCAACACUUAACAAAGAGUAGCAGUUAGUUUCAGAGUAGGUGGUAAGGAAUAAGUUAGUCCUAAAUAUUUCUAAAACUAAAAGCAUUGUAUUUGGAACAAAUCAUUCACACUAAACUCCAAACCUCAACUAAAUCUUGUAAUAAAUAAUGUGGAGAUUGAGCAAGUUGAGGUGACUAAACUGCUUGGAGUAACCCUGGAUUGUAAACUGUCAUGGUCAAAACAUAUUGAUACAACAUUAGCUAAGAUGGGGAGAGGUCUGUCCAUAAUAAAGCGCUGCUCUACCUUCUUAACAGCACUAUCAACAAGGCAGGUCCUACAGGCUCUAGUUUUAUCGCACCUGGACUACUGUUCAGUCGUGUGGUCAGGUGCCACAAAGAGGGUCUUAGGAAAAUUGCAAUUGGCUCAAAACAGGGCAGCACGGCUGGCCCUUGGAUGUACACAGAGAGCAAACGUUAAUAAUAUGCAUGUCAUGCUCUCCUGGCUCAAAGUGGAGGAGAGAUUGACUUCAUCACUGCUUGUGUUUGUGAGAGGUGCUGACAUGUUGAAAGCACCAAGCUGUCUGUUUGAACAACUGGCACACAGCUCAGACACCCAUGCAUACCCCACAAGACAUGCCACCAGAGGUCUCUUCACAGUCCCCAAGUCCAGAACAGACAAUGGGAGGCUCACAGUACUACAUAGAGCCAUGACUACAUGGAACUCUAUUCCACAUCAAGUAACUGAUGCAAGCAGUAGAAUCAGAUUUUAAGAAACAGAUAAAAAUACACCUUAUGGAACAGCGGGGACUGUGACGCAACACAAACAUAGGCACAGACACAUGCAUACACACACAUGAUAACAUACGCUCUAUACAUUUACAUUUACGUCAUUUAGCAGAUGCUCUUAUCCAGAGCGACUUAUACACACACGUACACAUGGAUUGUGUUGUAGAUAUGUGGUAGUGGAGUAGGGGCCUGAGGGGGCACACUUAGUGUGCUGUGAAAUAUGUUAUGAAUGUAUUGUAAUGUUUUUUAAAUGUAUAACUGCCUUAAUUUUGCUGGACCCCAGGACGAGUAGCUGCUGCCUUGGCAACAGCUAAUGGGGAUCCAUAAUAAAUACAAAAUACAAAAAACUGUUGGAAAAGCAUUCCAGGUGAAGCUGGUUGAGAGAUUGCCAACAAAGCUGUCAUCAAGGCAAAAGGGUGGCUGCUUUGAAGAAUCUCAAAUAUAUUUUGAUUUGUUUAACACUUUUUUGGUUACUACAAAUAGUAAAAAUAAAGAAAAACCCUUGAAUGAGUAGGUGUGUCCAAACUUUUGACUGGUACUUUUUUUACAUUUUACAUUUAAGUCAUUUAGCAGACGCUCUUAUCCAGAGCGACUUACAGUUAGUGAGUGCAUACAUUUUCAUACUCUACUGUAUACUACAGAACAAAGAAAUAUCAACAUUUAUAAUCAUCACUUGUGUUCAAAGGUAUUUAGUUAUAAAAAUGUAUGAUCAGUGGUCUCUCAAACAGUACACUUCUACCAGAAUGUGACCCCUGAGAGUUUGGCAGUUUGAACAAAAGUUUCAAGAGCAUAAAACCACACAAAAAACAUAUUUUUAUUUAUUCAUGCUUUUUGACCCCAUGUCACUAACCACGUUUCCAUCCACUGUUUUUAUGCGAGUAAAGUUAUGCAAUACCCAAAAAAAUCACACCAAUUGUGAUGCAAACAGGAAGUGUCGGUAAAAUGUUAUAAAUGUCAACAAUCUGUUCAUUCGACAUGGUAGGAUAAUUUUGUGUCUGUAAAAUUUAAUUAUGCGACGAAUUGUGGUGGAAAUUAUUUAUUGCGCAAUUGUUGAUCAAAUAACCAUGUCAAGGUAAAUUGUCUAUCAAAGUACAAACCUCUCUCACUCAGGGAGAGAGGUAGAGCAAAAGCUACUUCACCAGGUUGUGAGAUAUUGCGCAUACAUUUUAUGUGAUACAUUUGCAUCGCAGAUUCACAAUUGUAUCUUUUCUGAGAUCUCUGUCAAGCAAGGAGGAAAGGAGCCGACCUGAUCCCGCCUCACACUUUUACCUUGCAACCCUGUUGGAUAUCAUUCCGCCUACCAACGUUGUCCAUCUUCUGUCUCUGACUGUAGGCUACAUCCCUUGUUGCAUGGUGUGAUCAGAGUAUUACUGAAAAAUAUAUCUACUACAAUGAGAGGGAAAGACAUGACGUCCACUUCAUAGGAUGACACAUCGCCUAAACGGCUAAAUUAUGUAACAAAUGUGUAAUUAGAUUGUAACUUUCCUAUAAUUGCCAGCUGACCCUAUCCUUGUAAAAUCAUUUCCAUUGCAGAGAUAAUAGAUAGCCUAGGUACUAAUGCUUGCAUGAAUCGAAAUCAGAUUUAUGCUCACUGUCCAAUUUUUCAUUGGGGUAGUUCAAAUAUGCUAUUAUGACAUUUAUUUUUAGCCAGCAUUUACAUUUUCAAAAAGGUAGGCUAAUGACAAUGAUGCAGGGAAUUUUGUUUGCAAGCCAGGGACAAAUUGCCUUCCUCGAGCGAUCAAGAGAAUGUCAUAAUGUAGGCUAAUUUUGUCAAAUGGACAAGUAUUCUUAUAUGUUUACAUCAAACACCCUUGCAUCAAAUACACUACUCCUUGAAAGUUGUGUAUUGAUUAUAUAUAGCAUACGUGAUGAAUGAUGAUCACUGCAACAGCUGCGGUGUUGCUCAUUGGAUUACCCCGUAUUGUGGAAAAGGCUAUGUGAAAAUGUAUAGAGACAAAAGGCAGAUGCAUGGAAUUAUUUGGAUGGAUGGUUGAGAUGACAUGAUAAUAGUUGCUUAGCUGCCAAUUAACAAAUAAAAAUGAUCUUAUCCAUCUCAUCAUAUAACCUAACCGUUACAGUGUCCACUUUAUCAGCGAACUGUUGUCUGGACAGCAUGCGUGAACCAGAUUGGGCAAGUUUGCCAUUUAUCGCUCAAGGUUCUACGCUAACUUUUUCCACAGGUGGCACUGGUGCUACCAACUUUUUCAGUUGGUGGCAUCAGCACAUGAUUUAGUCACUCCUAUUUUUUUAAAUAAUUUAUUUUAGAAUUGACAAUGACCUGGCCAUUCCAUACAGAGCCAGGCUAAUAAUUACUAUCCGUCUUUUAAAUUAGCGUACCGUUGUGUUCUUACAUUGAUUUGGAUAGAUUAAUUGUAACAGCAAAGAAAAGAGACUUAAAAUAAAGUGCAAAAAAUGUAUUUAUUGCAGAUUUCAAAGUGCCAUGUGUUCUUUUCUGCAAAAUCCUCUAGAGGGCAGAAUGUAAAAAAUUAUACUUAAUACCAAAAUGGUACCAUGGCUAAAAAAAAACAGUGUGAGGAGGACUGAUUUCCCCAAGUUUCUUUCAGGUUUUCACUCUCAAAAUCACACCUUUUUUAAUAGAAAAACAAUGCUUAAACCAUAUCAGGGGAAAAUUUGAGGUUCUGGGUAAAAUCUGAGAAAUGUAGAUUUGUUAGUGUAGUUACCAUUUAAUUCAGAUCCGCACAUAUCCAGAUAGUUGUGUUUAGCUAGCUGUGUUUCUGUAGCAUGCUUGUGAUGGAGUUUUCAAAAACAAAUGGCCACUGCAUUGAUGCAAAUAAUCAUGAUUCUGCCGGGUAGGCAUAGGCUACUCUGUAGUUACCUUUUAAUUACCUUUCCAUCUACCCGAAAACUAUUAGCAUCGCGAACGGCUACACAAAGUGCUAGACAUAUAGGCCCUACGCGCACCGCACACAGCAGGGCUUGACAUUCAGGUAAAUUUGCCAGUGCCAACUGGAAGCUACUGGCCCGAAUGGGGGGGGGGAAUACUGACCCAGGUCAAGAUCUGACAGGAAAGCGUAUGAUGCAUGCAUAAUUUCAAUAGCAGGUGAUUUUAUCUUUCAUUUGCGGGCUGAGCAAGUAGCCUAUACAGUGUUCAUACAGACAUUGGCCAUUUCAAAUUCAAGGACUAAUUCAAGCACUUAAAUAUAAUUUUCAAGGACCUACAUUUUAUAUUUAAUUGUUGUAAUAGCCUGUAGAAAAAAAGUAUGCAUUACCACUUUAAGAAUAAGUAAUAAAAAAAAUUAUAAGCCUACCCAAUGGCAUUGUUCAUUGACAUUCUAAAAUAUGUCAGAAAUGUGUGCAUUGCCUGGCUAAAUACAUAGCAUGUUCCCGACACACACUUUAAUGACGUCUGUCCAUGUGAUAGCUAGUCUCGCCAUUUGAGAUGUUGAAGAGUUAUUGAGGGGUUACUGUUUUAAAACGAGAAAGCAACCAAAAACCGGGUUCCCUUCGUAAUGGAACGUUUUGUAUGGAAAACCAAGUUGAAGCCAACAUUCAAUGUUGUCUUGCUCAUAAUAACCGCACAUAGCUUUACUGCAAGAAGCGCAACAGACUAGCUCAACACUUUUCAAUUGAAACGGCGGGAAACAAACGAAAGCGCUUACAACUCAUAAAAACUGGUCAGAAAUGAAAUCAUGGCAUAAUUAUAUUGGAGCGGUAGAACUUCUAAAUCGGCUGCCAACUUCAAUUACUUUUCAAGGACCAAAGACUACAGGAACAAUCUGGUCUCAGAGCAUUUCGUAUUAUUCUGUACAUAAAUCUGAGACACUCCAUUUAGUAAGAUAUGUUACGUUUGGUGGUUGGUCUGGAUGGGUGGCCAUAUAAUGCAAAACGUCGGUGAUUGGGUGGGCGUAUAACGCGAACAUCUAGCAACCCAAAGGUUGAGAGUUCGAAUCUCAUCACUGAAAACUUUAGCAUUUUAGCUAAUUAGCAACUUUUCAAGUACUUACUACCUUUUAGCUACUUUGCAACUACUUAGCAUGUUAGCUAACCCUUCCCCUAACCUUAACCCUUGUAGCUAACCAUUCCCCUGACUUUUAACCUAACUCCUAAACUUAGCCUUAACCACUAGUCUAGCUAAUGUUAGCCAGCUAGCUAACGUUAGCCACCUCGCUAGAAUUCGUAACAUAUAUGUUUUGCAAAUUCGUAACAUAUAUAAUGCGAAUUGUAAUUCGUAACAUAUCAUAUGAAAUGGGUGAUGGACAUCUACAAAUUAAUACAUACCAUACAAAACGUAACAUAUCAUACUAAAUGGAGAGUCUCUGAUUCACUUACAAAAUAAUACGAAAUGCUCUGAGACCAGGUUGAGAGGAAAUAUCAGAUUUUUCAAAUGUCUGAUUGACUGGCCCAGAGGGUUUCCAAAACCUCCCCUGUAUGUCGAGCCCUGACACACACAGACAGGGGCAUUCCUGUACCGUUGUUGCCUCUUCAGAAAGUUUGUUUAUUUUUGGUCAAUUGCACAAUACUGUUUGAAUACAUCAUGAUGAUAAAAAUAAAUAACAUGACCAGGUUAAAAGAAAUCACUGGCACCCUUGCAACAAAUUAAAAAUGUGUCGCUCUGUCAAGUCAAACAAACGGUCACAAAUGCGACUGUUUUGGUUGCAGUAUCGAACCCUGAUCGCUACAGUUUGUGUGACAACCAAAGAAUCAGUAGUGUGGGAAAUGCAAUGGAAACACAUUAAACUCAUGUUUUUUUAUUCGGUACAUGGAAACUUAAGCGCAAAAGUGUUUUAUGUGCACUACGUCAACACACACAGCCCUUUAUCCGCAACAAAGUCAGUCUGAGGGAAACACCUGUUUUUAAAAUGCAUAUUUUAUCAUAUUUGCAUGAAAAUCUGUCGCAAAUUGGAUGGAAACCACGCUUAUGAUGAUGUCAUAUAUCUUAGUCUACCUUUAAACGUGCAAAUCCUCAAACUGCCACGUGCUGGUCAGACAUCAUUUUUACCAUGCAGUUACCUGUCACACUGUAAACUGUACUCUUCCCCUUCCCUGAAGCAGACAUUAACAGUGUGGGGUGGGUGGCUUUUGGUUUUCUGGAGAGCUCCUGACAGGAUUCCCCCGUCUUCCCCGGACUACAGGGACAGGUUGGAGCAGGUGGAGCGCCAGCGCGAGAGGGACCGCAAGCACCGCGAGCAGCAGCAGCAGCAGAAGGAGAGGGAGAGGAGGGCCGAGGAGCGCCGCAAAGAGCGUGAGGCUCGCCGAGAAGGUCAGGGUUCACACACGCAUUUGCGCACACAUGUAAGGUUAGCGUUUACAGCCUUAGCGUGUGCGUGAAUGUAAGUAUUUUGAUAUACACUACCGGUCAAAAGUUUGGACACACCUACUCAUUCAAGGAUCUUUCUUUAUUUUUACUAUUUUUUACAUUGUAGAAUAAUAGUGAAUACAUCAAAACAAUGAAAUAACACAUAUGGAAUAAUGUAGUAGCCAAAAAAGUGUUAAACAAAUAAAAAUAUAUUUGAGAUUCUUCAAAUAGCCACCCUUUGCCUUGAUGACAGCUUUGCACACUCUUGGCAUUCUCUCAUCAUGAGGUAGUCACCUGGAAUGCAUUUCAAUUUACAGGUGUGCCUUCUUAAAAGUUAAUUUGUGAAAUUUCUUUCCUUAAUGCGUUUGAGCCAAUCAGUUGUGUUGUGACAAGGUAGGGGGGGGUAUACAGAAGAUAGCCCUAUUUGGUAAAAGAUCAAGUCCAUAUUAUGGCAAGAAAAGCUCAAAUAAGCAAAGAGAAAUGACAGUACAUCAUUACUUUAAAGACAUGAAGGUCAGUCAAUAAGGAACAUUUCAAGAACUUUGAAAGUUUCUUCAAGUGCAGUCGCAAAAACCAUCAAGCGCUAUGAUGAAACUGGCGCUCACGAGGACCACCACAGGAAAGGAAGACCCAGAGUUACCUCUGCUGCAGAGGAUAAGUUCAUUAGAGUUACCAGCCUCGGAAAUUGCAGCCCAAAUAAAUGCUUCACAGAGUUCAAGUCACAGACACAUCUCAACAUCAACUGUUCAGAGGGGACUUUGUGAAUCAGGCCUUCAUGGUCGAAUUGCUGCAAAGAAACCACUACUAAAGGACACCAAUAAGAAGAAGAGACCUGCUUGGGCCAAGAAACACGAGUGCUGCAUCAGAUGACCUGGCCUCCACAAUCCCCCGACCUCAACCCAAUUGAGAUGGUUUGGGAUGAGUCGGACAGCAGAGUGAAGGAAAAGCAGCCAACAAGUGCUAAGCAUAUGUGGGAACUCCUUCAACACUGUUGGAAAAGCAUUCCAGCUGAAGCUGGUUGAGAGAAUGCCAAGAGUGUGCAAAGCUGUCAUCAAGGCAAAUGGUGGCUUUUUGAAGAAUCUCAAAUGUAAAAUAUAUUUUGAUUUGUUUAACACUUUUUGGGUUACUACAUGAUUCCAUAUGUGUUAUUUCAUAGUUUUGAUGUCUUCACUAUUAUUUUAUAAUGUAGAAUAGUACAAAUAAAGAAAAACCAUUGAAUGAGUAGGUGUGUCCAUACUUUUGACUGGUACUGUAUGUAAGGACGCGCUGUUGGUGACGGGAAGUGAAAUGUCUUGUCUGCCCUUUGACAGUGCCGUCCCACCACCGUGCGCUGCCCGAUGAGUACGGGGACAAGCCCAAACAGAGCCACCGCAGCCGCAGCCCCAACCGGGCUCCCCAGGACCGAUCGGAGCACAGCAGUGAGCCAUGUAGAACUGGUGGUGAGACUAUCCAAUCAAGAUGGUUUUACAUAAUUUUUCUUUGGUAGAGUUGGUGUCAAGACUUAGUUAACUAAGUCUUAUUUUUCCCCCUUUUUUAAAAAGUCAAUUGAAUGAAAUCCAUGACUAUCAUUUUUCUGUGUGAUUAGGGACACUCAUGUUGUUUUGUUUGUGGUCCUGCAGUGAAGGAUGAGAAGCCAGAGGACAAGGACCUUCUCUCUGACCUUCAGGACAUCAGUGACAGCGAGAGAAAGACCAGCACAGGAGAGUCCUCCUUAGGUAGGUAGACACACACACUCAAGGUUGCAACAUACCCCACAGUCACUUCACACCAGGUGGCAUCACAAAAAAGGAAUGAAAACAACACUUCUACUGAUGUUUAAUCGGUAAGAGUUCUAACUAAUAGAUACUGUAUUUACAAUCCAGACACAUCUGCUUGUGAUAUAAGUCAAUGUGGGUUGUUUGGAGGUGACAUUGAGUGGACUUCUCUUCCCUAGGCUCCGGCUCAGGGUCGGGUUCUGAUGAUGAGGAUAAUGGCGUUGAAGAUGGAUCUAGCAGCCAGAGCGAGGGAGAGAACGAGGAAUCAGGUUCAGGAGAAUCUGACCAGACUGCAGGUCUGCUGAAUUACUCUACUUAUGUUGCUUGUUUGUGUGCACUUGUUUUAUCCCUUUUUACAUUUACGUCAUUUAGCAGACGCUCUUAUCCAGAGCGACUUACAAAUUGGUACCAUUACAGUAUUGUCACAGUGACACGGCUCUGACCCACCCAUUGUCUGUGUUUCAGGUGUGGUGAGUGAAGACGAGCAGUCUCAGGAAGAGUUUGAGGAAGAGAGAGAGAACGGCAACCAUAUUCCCCCAGGUAGGCAUUUCACCCCCAAUUUGUCUGGUGGCAGUCAUUUGAACAGGUGUUAUUAUUAUGUCUGAGAGUAAAGUUAGUUUUCAAUGGUCUUGAAGCUUGUUUAUCUGAAAAGUUUAGAUCUAACUCAAAACCAGCUUAACUGCCCCUCAUUAACCCUCACAGUGCCAGAGUCCCGAUUUGACCACGACACUGAGGAAAGCGGAGAGGAAGAGGAAGAGGAGGCAGGGGAUGGAGACGUGACCCCCCAGUCUGUGUCUCACUCCCACUCAGCCACCCCUGAGCCUGAGGAGAACUACAUCCUCGACUCUCCCCCCAUCUCCCCCGUGGAGCUAAAGAAGGAGCUGCCCAAGUACCUUCCAGCUCUACAGGUCUGUCCAUCUGUCUGGCAGAACACCACACCAGGGUCAAAUACCUUUUUAUUUUAUUUCAAAUGCCUGAGGUGCGCUUGACUUACAGGGUUCGUACAGUCAUUAUAAAAAUCCUGGAAAAGUAAUGGAAUUUUUAAAUGGUGUUUUCCAGGCCUGGAAAAGUUUUGGAAAAUGAUCAAAUCCGAAAUGUCAUUGAAAUUAAUUUAAUAAUUUCUGUUAAUGUAAUUUAUUUAGGCACAGUUUUUUUAAAUAUUUUAUCAAUCAAAUAAAAAUCAACACAUCAGCCAGGUUCAGAAUGACACUUUAGCGUGUCUGCAUGUGUGCGAGAGGAGUGGGCGGUUGCUCAAGGAGAGAUGAGACAGUCGGACAUUGCGGCAGAAGGUAGGCCUAGUCUAUAAAAUAUGAUAGAGAACAGACUAAUAACUAGUUAGCCAAUUAAAAACAUAUCUUGUACACGCUAGUUAUCCGUUUAGCUAUUAUUAGCAUGCAUUAAUGUUUUCCUUAUGUCAUGUCCCAAAACACUUUCCACCUACACUCGCGAAUAAGGCCAUACAAUCGCGAAUAAGGCUAUACAAAGUUGAUUUACUUUUUUAAAUUAUUAAUUUAAACAAUUAUUUUUGACGAAACAAAUGAUUCACUUCGCUAUUUUAUUAGUUGAAAUUCAGUUUGUUCGCGGUGAAUCGAGUCAUGUGAAUCAAAAUAAUUAUUUGUCAAUCGCAAACAGUAACUUUAGGAAAAAAAGAUUAGAUGUAGCCUUUCUUUUGGAUUAUUUCGCUUCAAAACUUGAUUUGUAGAUAUUUCCAGUUUAUUUGGCCAUCCAAUGUAUGGGACAUUGCAACUCAAUAGCCUGAAAUGUAAACACUUCUAAGAUAAAUAUGUCUGAACUAGAAAAGGUACAUUUCCUGAAGAAAAUUCAUGGGCUUGCUUCAGCUGAAUAAAAUGAUUUGUAGCCUACCAUAGCCAUUUGAUCUUUGAUAUAUUAAAUGAGCAAAUUAUUUCAAAAGGUAUAAAACACAUUUAGUUGUAAAGUUGCAAUGUUAUACGUCAAGGGUGGUCAACCAUCAUCCAGGAGAGCUAGUGGGUGUGCAGGCUUUUAUUCCAGUACCCCUCUAACAAACCACAUUUUAGAAAUUAGCUGCUCAACCGGACCGUGAUAAACUGCCUCUGAUGUCUUGAUCAAAAGCCUGCACACCAAGUAGCUCUCCAGGCUGAGGGUUGACCACAUGUGUUUUAUACAGUUGCCUAACAGGUAUUCUAUUCGACAGGAGAUGGUACAUGGGAUCAGAGCGCAGCCUCCAGGUGUCUACCACAUUACGCUUACUUUUGUAUACGUACAUAGACGGCGACAAUUGUUGGUCAUGGAAAUGUGGUUAAAAGUCAUGGAAAAGUCAAGAAAUUCCAUUUGGCAAGAUGUGUGUGAACCCUGGAACUAGCUUGCCUGGUACAAUGGAAUAUUUCAAGAAAUGCUCUCACCUGGCAGACGAAAUCAAGUGCACCUCAAGUAUUUGACUGAAUAUGAUUUCGUAUUUGACUCAGGCCUGUACACACACGCAAAUCAUAUAGACAAGUAUUGAUUGGCGUUGGUUUCAUGUCAUUUUCAGGGCUGUCGCAGUGUCGAGGAGUUCCAGUGUCUGAAUCGUAUCGAGGAAGGGACCUACGGUGUGGUGUACAGGGCCAAGGAUAAAAAGACAGGUAUGUGGGCUACCUUGCAAUCUGUUUCCGAUCCAUCCCUGGAAUCAGACACACACUAAAACAGGCCUCUCCCUUCUAGAUGAGAUUGUGGCCUUGAAGCGUCUGAAGAUGGAGAAGGAGAAAGAAGGUUUCCCCAUCACAUCUCUGAGAGAGAUCAACACCAUUCUGAAGGCCCAGCACCCCAACAUCGUCACUGUCAGGGUGAGGAGCAUAGAAAUACUCAUUGAAAAUAUCAUCAAUUGGUAUUUGUAUUAUAUUUCUAUGGUGAGCAGCACACACUUGAUUGAGGAACCCCCCCCCCCCCCCCCCCCCCCCUCAAUAAUAUAUUAUUUUGAAAUACAUUUUGUUUAGCUCCUUUCAUACAAUGCAUAGUAGCCCAAAGUGUUUCACAAAUUGAAAGAAUAAAACUGUGGUAAAAAAAAAAAAUAGGGAUAAAAGAGCAAGGUAUAUUAGUGCUAGAUAAACCCCUCUCUUUUCUCCCAUGUUAGGAAAUUGUUGUUGGAAGCAACAUGGACAAGAUCUACAUUGUGAUGAAUUACGUGGAGCAUGACCUGAAAAGCUUGAUGGAGACCAUGAAGCAGCCUUUUCUUCCAGGUAACAUUGUGGGAUACAGUUUGAGUUGGAUAAAAUACAGUACGCUUAUGUCCUCCAGCCAUUUUCCCAUGUCUUUUGGCUAGGUUAGCUUAAGAUAAUUGUUUUAAUGUAAGCUUAUGAGCUCACGUCUCUUUUCCACUUCCUCAUUCUUGUUGGCCUCAGGCGAAGUGAAGACCCUGAUGAUCCAGCUGCUGCGAGGCGUACGCCAUCUCCAUGACAACUGGAUCCUCCACCGCGACCUGAAGACCUCCAACCUGCUUCUCAGCCACAAGGGGAUCCUCAAGGUGUCAUAGAUGUCCUGUUGUAUUUGAUAUUAUGAUAUAUUAUAUUAUAUCCCAUUAUAAUAAUAUUAAAACCACUGUGGGUUGGGAACUUCAGAUAAGGAUUAGAUCAUCCAUGGCUCGGAUGAAGAAAUACAAGGCUCUAGGCUUGUUAAUGACAAAGAAUAAUGACUUGAAUGUGAGUGUGUAUAAUUGCCUCGUAGGCAUCUUUGUAAUGUUAGUUCUUUGUUUGUUGUGCUGUUCUAGGUGGGGGACUUUGGUCUGGCCCGUGAGUAUGGUUCUCCCCUGAAGCCCUACACUCCUGUGGUGGUGACCCUGUGGUACCGUUCUCCAGAACUGUUGCUGGGAGCCAAGGUGAGUCAGGACCUAAGCACAGAUCUAGAAUCUGUUUAACCUCCCCAAAUCCUAACAAUGACCAUUUGUGGAAUGACAUGCAAAACUGACCUUGGAUCAGUGUCUUGGGGGCGACAUAGCCACACAGUACAGACACCUGCAUUCAAAACCCUGCCUUGAGACAAAACAUCUCAAGAAACAUCAAUCAUCAAAGACCCUCUCCAGUCAAAACAGUGCCAUUUUAAACGCCUACUUGAGUGUGAACAUUACCGCACCCAGACGACACAACACAUACUUUGUACAACUUCCAAUAGUGUGGAUGUCCGCAGUUCUGAACACAGCCCAAGACUACAUACACACAGCACCACUACCAAGUCAAAGCUUAUCCUCGCCCAGACUAAAUACUCCAACCCAGACUCAUGCGGUGCUGUCUGUUACUUAGAAUACUGUGGUUUUAGCGAGUGUGUGUUUCUCUCUCCACAGGAGUACUCCACAGCUGUGGACAUGUGGUCUGUAGGCUGCAUAUUUGGAGAGCUCCUUACCCAGAAACCUCUCUUCCCUGGAAAAUCUGAAAUCGACCAAAUUAACAAGAUAUUUAAGGUUAGCACAUUUUUAUCAAGAAGUCAAUUUUACUUCAUACUGUCUGGAAAGGUAAAGCACUUUAUAUACUCCACUCCUACAUCUGCAUGCGUUCUUGGCAGCCACCAUGUUUUUGUGAGUUUUGCAGUUUUAUGAUCUCCCCACAAGGUGGCAGAGUUAGGAAUAGGAUGUAGUCGGAUUUAAUGGAUUUGAUUUGACUGCACAGUGUAUUUUUCAGAAAGGGACUGCAGUUCAGUGACCCAGUCUCUUUUAGAUAGACAUGGUGACGUAACAGUCUUGUCUGUGGUGGUUGUGUGACUGGGCAAAGUUGUAAAACUUAAAUUUAAAAGCUGUGUUCUUGACUGUGCCUCCCCCCCCCCCUAGCAGUUCCAAACAUACCAGACAUAGUGGGGGACCACCAGCCCACACAUACAAACAUUAACUCCAUUUGUCUGUGUGUUGACACGUGUUCUCGUCAGGACCUUGGGUCGCCCAGUGAGAAGAUUUGGCCAGGCUACAACGAGCUCCCUGCUGUGAAGAAGAUGACUUUCACAGAGUACCCCUACAACAACCUGCGCAAGCGCUUCGGAGCCCUGCUUUCAGACCAGGGCUUCGACCUCAUGAACAAGUACGUCUAGUUUACCCAUACCUGUUACAUUUCAGACAAACAAGCGUUUGGUUCUUAGAACAUCUCAGUUGAGAAGAUUUUAAUACAAAACCACUGGACUCAAUGAACAAUGCCAUGAAAUUGUAAUCUAAAAAUGUCCUCUAUAAAUACUAGCAAAAAUGAAAUGUUAGCUAAGUGUUGCUAUACAUAAGUUUGUCAUCUUUUGGGUGAAGUUUGACACCAGUGCAACUGAGUGGAACACCGUCACAGUCUAAUGACCCAGGAAGUGCAAUGACCCCUGGCCAGUGGCUGCUAGCCGUCUCAUCAUGUUUGGACUGGGGGCUGGCAGUCCUUCAGCCACAAGACUGGACUUAACUUUAUUAAUCUCUGGAGGGUGAUUUAAGAUUGCAUUGUGUCAGCCUUGUUGCUUUCGCUUUCACUUACCCUGUGUGAUCAGAUUAGAUGAAAACUAUGUAUUUAGAGGGACCCUAUGUUCUCCGUAGAAGCUAUAAUACAGACUAGAUGGUAAUUUUCCAUGAAGAAAAGUUGAUGUGACUUGCUUUAACUCUUUACAAGUAUUUUUGUGGUAGUGGAAGAAGUUUAAAACGUUUUACUUAAGCCAAGAAGUUAAAUAUAGUCCAUGUUAAAUGUAGUAAAAUAAUUGGUCUGAUUACUUUAAUAGACUACACUAUAAACCUUAUUACUUUGGAUUGUGGGGCAGUUAGAUCACAUAUUUCAUCACAAAUAACUACACUCAGACUAGCCUACUACACUUUUAUACACUCUCCUACUAGAAUACCACAGUAUAUGCAAACCGUAAUAAUAGAGUACAGAAGACAAGGAGGCAUUGUUGAAGUUUAAAACACAUUAGAAAACUGUAUUUUAUCCCAAGCAUGUAUCCUUUACUUCAACCAUAUAUUCAUUUCUUAAUCAAAGGAAAAGGCUGUUAAAAUUAAGUUAAAUCUGGAUAGAUAAAUGAAUAGGAUAGAUAAAUAAAUGGACAAUGAAUAAAGUAAGGAUACAGGAAUAGAAGACCAAAUGGAUGAAGGGAUAAAACCAGGUGAAGUUGGACUGAUUGGUAUGAUAAAGGAAUGAAUGUAUGGUUGAAGGUGUAGAUGGUGUGUGUGUGGGGGGGAUGAUUGGUAGUAGUUAUUGCUCUUCUGAUUUCAGAUUUGAAUAUCAGAGAAGUAGACCAAGGUGCCAUACCUUUUAAGUUUUUGUCUACGACGCAUUGUUCAGAAAAGUGGUCAAGGUAGCUGAUUAGUGUCAGAAGUCACAAUGUUUACUCAUUGUCUCAUGCUAACUCCCCCAUUGUUAUAAUUUGAAAGUUCUGAAAAGUUCCAUGGCAGUUCAUUCAACAGUGGGAAGUUAGCUAAAUUAGUUGACGUGGAUACUAAAACAGCUGUACCUCUUGAUUGGUAGUAGAUAUUUCUGUUAUUUCAGAUUUGAAUAGCAGAGAAGUAGAGGAAUAUGUCAUACCCUCUAACUUUUUGUGUAAGUGUUUGGCAAAAUGGUCAAAGUAGCUGAUUUGUGUCAAAAGUUGCAUUGUUGUGUUUACAGUGAAUGGAAGUUGGAAGUGAUUAUGUCACAAUGGGGAGCUUUAGAAUGUUAGUCUGUGAAGAUGGACAAAAAGAAAGACAAAUUAAUAGUUUAAAAAGUUUAGAAAAUAUCAAGUCCAACCUAAUUACAGAAGUGCUGCUAUUUUGAGUGAUCUCUGCCGCCCCUAUGCCUUGACCUUUUCCCUUUCCACUAGGUUCCUCACCUACUGCCCCAGCAAGAGGAUCCUGUCGGACGAGGCGCUGAAGCACGAGUAUUUCCGGGAGACACCGCAGCCCAUCGACCCCUCCAUGUUCCCCACGUGGCCGGCCAAGAGCGAGCAACAGAGGGUGAAGAGGGGCACCAGCCCACGCCCCCCUGAGGGAGGCCUGGGCUACAGUCAGCUGGUGAGGCUGGGUUUAACUCUACAGCCCUCUGUCGACUAGGUUUUGACAUCUGAGCUCAGUUUCUGUGUUAGACAGAUUGUAGACCUACAGCACUUUACUAUGUGUUGUCGAGAAACAUCCUCCCACUGCUUAAUACUUAUGUUUUCAGAAUACAUUAGUUCCCUGGCAUAAAGGCAAUGUUCCUCAUCAGCUAACGUGUGUGGCUUGUCCUCUCUCCAGGGUGACGAUGACCUGAAAGACUCAGGCUUCCAUCUGACCACCAGCAACCAAGGGGUUUCUGCCGUGGGCCCAGGGUUCAGCCUCAAGUUCUGAGCUGCACCUUGAGGACAGGACACCCUGUGUAUGGGAAGAGACAUACUAGCCUGGCCAGCUGACCGGACAAGAAUCAUGGGACAUUUAGUUUCUUAUGUGGCUGGACACAUUGUGGGAAUGGCUUCCGUUGUCAGGGGUCACCUUACUGCCCUCACUGUGACCCUGUGAGGGUAGAGACUGGUCGUCACAUGACAUGAACCACGUACAAACAUGCUACAUUUCCCUUUUUUCCCCACUUUAUGGCUGAAUCCCAACCAUUGAACUGUCAACUUUUAAAGUAUUUUCUCGAUUUUCUGACAAGGUUGAACUUUUAUGUAAAUGAGGGAACUGUGCGUCGAAACCGAACUACAAUUUUGUCUGUAGCUUAGCUCAUGUCUUGCUUUUUGUUUUGUUUUCUGUCUUCUUUUUUUACACUGCUGAAGAGGACCAGAUUUUAAGUGGUUGGUAUUUCCUGAGUACUGGAGCUACUGUAUAAUAAUGUAGCAGUGUUAGAGCCAUCAUAUUAUAAGGACUUUACUGUAUAACCGAUGGCUUACAUACUGACCCGGGACAUGUUUUUGCUAGAAAUAAAAUGUGAAGCUUUUAUUUGUCCACCUUUUUGCUGGUAUUUAUAAAUGCUGUCUAAGCUAAGCAAACAGCACCACACACUGCCUGCCAAAGGGAAAAAAUGAAGGGAAGUUGAGUCCCCCAAAAAUCCCAGCGUUGAAUCCAGCUCAAUAGUAGCCGUCCAAGAGUGAUGUAAUUCUUUGCACUGCACACUUUGUCUCAGGACUUUGUUCUUUCAGGGAAAAGAGCCCCAGACUUCUCUGUCUUUAUUGUUAAAGUGGCUCUGCAAUUUUUAGGACUAAACCAAUAAAUUCUUUGAUUUCUAGCUGGAGGAAAAUAAACAGUGCAAUCUCAUUCCUGGGAGACUGUUGGCUGCUCGGACUGAAACAGUUGCAAAACGUUCCCUCGUCUGGAGACUCUUUAGAACCAACACAAAUGGAAAUGUACAUUAAUCCGUUUUAUCUGCGAGUCCCCUCUAAGCCCUUCUGUGGAUUAUUACACCCGAUGUGUCAAAUGAGCAUGGAAAGGGAGCUGUUAGUGGAACGGCACCUUCUGGAGGCAAAGCAUUGGCUCCACCUAAAGGAUAUCUGAGGUGUUCCAUAUGUGAAUAAAGG